CUUCUUUCACCAUGGCGACAUCAGCACUUGGACUUUCGUAUAGCAUUAUAUCCUCGAAGAAUGAAGAAGCAUAUGGACAAACUGUCAAAUUUUAUGAACUACUUGGCUUUGACCGUGUGAUAGGCAAUCAUGAAAGUGAAGGUGAAACUGAACUCCAACAAACAUGGCUUCGGUUAAAAGGUGGCAAGCAAACAAGUUCAUUGAUUAUCAAGAUUGUAUUGAAUCCUGAAGUAACACUCCAUCGACAGGAGCCUCUGACAACGGAUAAGGAUUGGGGUCUCGAAGACACACUAUUCGUAUUGAAUGUUCCCCAUCUUCAACCUAUUAUGCAUACUCUCACCGAACGCGACAUUCCUUUCCAAGAAACUACUACGUCUAUAUUGAUUCAAGAUCCAAACAAUAAUGUCAUUGCUCUCUCUUCAAAAUUAAAUCCUGUUUCUGAACAACCCCAACAACAACUACAAGAACAACGAAGAAAGAAAAUUGGUAUCUUGACUUCAGGUGGUGAUGCUUCUGGUAUGAAUGCUUGUGUUCGUGCUACUGUACUUUAUGGCAUCUCUAAAGGUUGUGAUGUAUAUGCUGUCUAUGAAGGUUAUCAAGGACUGGUGGAUGGUGGUGAUUAUAUCAAAAAGAUGGAUUGGAGAAGUGUUACUGGAUACUUGAGUGUAGGAGGUACUUCUAUUGGUACGGCUCGUUGCAUGCCAUUCAAGACUCGUGAAGGUCGUCUUAAAGCAGCAGAAAACUUGAUCAAGAAUGGUAUUGACUCUCUUAUUGUUUGUGGUGGUGAUGGAUCAUUGACUGGUGCGGAUGUGUUUCGAUCUGAAUGGGGAGGAUUGGUAGCCGAAUUAUUCAAGACAAAACGUAUUACUGAAGAAGAAGCAACGAUAUUCCAACAUUUGACGAUUGUUGGUCUAGUAGGAUCUAUUGACAACGACAUGUCCAGUACUGAUAUCACCAUUGGUGCUGUUACGUCCUUACAUCGUAUUUGUGAAGCUGUGGAUUCUGUAGACACAACAGCAUUAUCACACUCUCGUGCAUUUGUGAUUGAAGUGAUGGGACGACAUUGUGGUUGGUUGGCUCUUAUGGCAGGGAUUGCAACUGGUGCUGAUUUUGUUUUUAUUCCUGAACGACCUCCGGCAGAAGAAGACUGGGAAACGGCAAUGUGUAAUGUGGCAAAACGACAUCGUGAAUUAGGCAAACGGAAAACGAUCAUCAUUGUGGCCGAAGGUGCACUGGAUAAGCAUCUUAAUCCUAUCAAAGUAGAUCAUAUCAAAGAUAUUCUUAGCGAUCGUUUGGGUUUGGAUACUCGGGUGACAAUUUUGGGUCAUACUCAACGUGGUGGAUCUCCUUGUGCUUUUGAUCGGAUCUUAGGUACUGUUCAAUCUGUAGCUGCUGUGGAUGCUGUACUGGCUUCUACUCCUGAUAAACCAUCCCCGAUGAUUGGCAUGAAUAACAACAAGGUGACGACUAAACCUCUGAUGGAUGCUGUCAAACUGACUCACGAAGUGGCCAAGGCAAUUGAAUCUCGGAAUUUUGAACGCGCCAUGGAAUUACGAGACCCUCAAUUUUUGGAUGAAUACAAAGUGUUCAAUGUGACCACGAUCUUGGAUGACAACAGUAUCGAAUUACCUGAUCAUCAACGUUUACGAAUUGCUAUCCUUCAUAUUGGUGCUCCUGCUGGUGGGAUGAACUCUGCUACUCGUGCUGCUGUAAGAUAUGCAUUGAAUCGUGGACAUACUGUCUAUGGUGUGGCCAAUGGUUUCUCUGGUCUUGUGCGUGGUUGUUUUGAACAAUUGAAUUGGAUGGAUGUUGAUGGAUGGACAACAUGUGGUGGAUCUUAUUUGGGCACAAAUCGAGCUGUACCUGGCAAGGAUGUCGACAUGGGCAUGGUGGCUUAUCGAUUACAAAAGAUGAACAUUCAAGCUGUGAUGCUGGUGGGUGGAUUUGAAGCGUAUGCGUCAUUGGUGGAAAUCGACAAGGUGCGUUACGAGUAUCCAUCAUUGUGUAUUCCUAUGUGUUUGAUUCCUGCUACCAUCUCGAACAAUGUACCUGGGACUGAUUUUUCACUUGGUUGUGAUACAUCUUUGAACGUGAUUGUCAGUGCAAGUGAUGCGAUUGUACAAUCAGCGCAAUCAUCAAGGCGACGUGUAUUUGUGAUCGAAGUACAAGGUGGACGUUCAGGUUUCUUGGCAGUGGAAGGUGGUUUAGCGGUGGGAGCAUGUGCGAUUUACAUUCCCGAAGAAGGUAUUGAUCUCCCACGACUCCAAGGUGAUGUACAAUUCCUCAAGGGUCUCUACGAUACGGAUGAUCCUCAAAAAUCAGAAGGUCGGGUCAUUCUUCGUACCGAAAGUGUCAGCAAGACGUAUACUACCAAAGUGAUCUCUGAAAUCUUGGAAGAUGAAGGUGGUGCUAGGUUUGAUUCUCGUACAGCCGUGCUUGGACAUAUUCAACAAGGAAACACACCCUCUCCUCUGGAUCGCAUUCGUGCCUCUCGUUUGGCUAUUCACAGUAUUGAAUUCUUUGAAAAGCAUACUCGAGUUGCUUUGGACAAACAACAAGAUGCCGUGGAACUCGCUACAGGUGAAGAAUCUAUUGCUGUCAUUGGUCUCUGUGGUGCCGAAGUUCAUGCCAAAUCUAUUAAGACUUUGUUACCUACUACUGAUAUGAAGAAUCGCAAACCUCAUCAUGAUUGGUGGCACCGUGAUCGUGCUCUGGUGGAUAUUUUAAGUGGUCGUAGUUAUUAUAGUUGUAUUGAAUAGUUAUAUAUAUAUAUGUUGUGUGUGUGUGUAUUUAUUUUCAUUUUUUUGUUAGACUUUUUUUUUUUUUUUUUUUUU